AUGGUCAUGUUUUUGCUGCUUUGUCUGUUACGAGCAAGCCUUGGUUUCCCAAUGCUGCAUUUAAUGCAAAUGUUCAACUUACUUGGGAGAGUCCCUGAACAAUCUCAGAGGAUUCCCCACUUAUUUGUGGCUCCAUCUCAGCUUGUUCAGCUUCAUGGAACUCAGCUAAGAUACAUGCACCCCUUCCAGAUGUCCCCAAUCAUGUUUGCACAGCUAAGACAGCAGGCUUUGUCAGGUUCUGAUUCAGAGGAAAAUGUCUUGCCUGGAGUCAUCAUGAUCCCUCUCAGUGCAGGACUGGAUGAGAAUAUAGCCACCGUACAUCAAGCUGGAGUCAUUAUUGAUAAUAGUAUAUUACAGGAACAACCAGUGCUCAAUCCUGCAGGCCAACAUGGAGUAAGCACAGCUAUUCAGAAUAAGAUUCUACCAGAACUACCAUGGGUUAUACCAACUCAGGCUGCUCAAAAUGAUGUAUCAGUUACUGGAAUUAUAAAAGGAAGUUAUACAGACCCUUUGCCAACCAAUACACCUGACAUUGACCUGAAUGCACCAGAACCCACUAUGUCUAUGGGAAGGGACAAUGACUUGACUGUGAAUGCACAUACAAUGGGGGAGGAAAAUUGGAUUUUAUGCAAUUCUUAUGUGCCAGACCUUUGUGAAUUGCACAAUAUUGUAAGAGGGGAUGGUUAUAUACCUAUAAAGACACCAGUUUAUUUUAAAAAUGGACAAAUUCAAGGCAAUAGAAACACAGAAUCUUAUUGA